AUGUUCUGGUACAGCUUCAACGGCCGCUGCUACAAGUACAUCGCCACACGUAUGACCUGGGCUGAUGCAGAACUCCACUGUGUGUCAGAGGGAAGCAACCUGGUGUCUAUCUACAGUCUGGAUGAACAUAAUUUUGUCCAAUCCCUGAUCAAGAACUUCGACCCUGCUCAGGGAUUUACCUGGAUUGGACUCAGCGACACCCAGAAGGAAGGAGGAUGGAUGUGGUCUGAUGGUUGCCCUGUCAAAUUUACCUUUUGGAGAACAGGAGAGCCAAACAACGUUGGAGGACAUGAAGACUGUGUACACACUAACCUUGGUGAAGAACGGAAAUGGAAUGAUUAUCCAUGUUCUCAUGCAUUAACAUUUGUUUGUGCAUCUCGCAGAGUUUGUCCUUAGCAACCAAGACGGUUAUAACUGACUGAACUCAGUAACUUUCCACCCCUUGCUCUGUGGUAAUACAUUAGGACUGCACUAUGUACUUUCUCAUCUAUGAUUCUACUCAUGAAUAAAAUGAUUGUUUAAUGAUGACAA